ACACCAUACAGUAAAUAUAAUAAAUGUAUGGGCACUAAUUCUGCUCCAUACAUUUAAAUAAAAGUAAAGGCAAUUAUUUGUGGGUUCUUAUCAACACCACGAUCAAAUAGUGUAAUAUUGUUAUACUGAUAUAUUAGUUAUAUAGUAUAAAAUGUGCAAAAAAAAAAAAGAUGGAUAUCAAGCUUGCUACUGCCUUUCCACCUGUAGAGCAAGUUAAAUAGUAUAGGAUAAUACUAAAGUAAUUGAAAGAUAAGGAAGCAGAGGACCUUUGUUUUUGUUCUUCUUUCACUUUCAUGAUGGUGGGACCCUUCAACCAAAGCUCACCCGUCUAAUUCACCAAAGGAAGGAAAGUACCCAGCUAGCCAACUCAAAAACUCAAAGCCCCAAACUUUCCAUCACUACAAAACGACAAAACAAAAGCAGCACGCGUGCCCGCUUUCUCAGAUUCCACCUCUCUCUUUUCCCCUCACUUUUCAAACCUGCAGACAGAGAGAGAGAGAGAGAAAGAGAGAGAGAGAGAGAGAGAGAGAAAGAGAGAGCUCUUUCUUUCUCUUUCGGCUUUGUAUUGUAUCCGAAUUCGGUGAGAUCUUGAACGGAUCCGAUCGUGGAUCAAUGGUGGACCUCGGCCUCGAUGACGUCCUACAGAAUCCAGUUCUGGCUGGAGGACGUGGUAGGGUCGUCGUGAGUGACGGCGUUCCUCCAUGGCGGCGGCCCACCAUUGGCAUGCACUAGAUUCUGAUAUAGGAUUGAUGUUCAAGCACACACCAGUUGUGGGAACUCGCCAAAGAUGGCCAGCUCCUCCGGAAACUCGUUAGGCCGAGUCGAACUCGGCAGGUUCGGGUUCAUCGUCUCGAAGCAUAUGAUCUGCUCAAAGCAGUCUCUCACUCCCAGACGAUCCAACGCCUUCACCACGUGUUUCCGAUCCAAAUUCGUAAAUAUGAUUUUUCUCUGUGCGAUGCUACGGAGGAGGUUUUGGAGUUGAUCAUCUGUGCGAUGCUAGCAGCCAUUGUUUCAGUAAUUACGGCCCCCGGAGGUCAUCGGAAAAGGUGUAGUAGCUUGAGGUUCUUGGUGUCGCCGCUUCCGUCGGGGAGUACUUUUCUGCCUGUCAUGCCGAGGAGGAAGCGGUGGCGGCGGGGACUUGUAGAGUUUCAUUAUUUCUUCUACUGUUUCUACACUGGCAGAGGAUGGUGGAGGGUCUUCUUGCCUGGGCUUCACACCCAUGGCUUUGGCGCUGUGGAGAGAGUUUGGAGAGUGCCAAGCAAGAAAGGGCUAGUUGGGAGAGGUCUGAUUUGGCUACCAUGGGCAUGCCGAGGCCGUUGGUAAACCCUUUGUCAUUUCUGGCCUUGCAAAAAUCUCUGAUGCUCCAAGCAGUAGCAGCAGAGCUCAGAAACUUAGAGUUGUAAAAGUCUGGUUUGGGUGUUUGAAAUUAAAUUUGUUGACUCUGAUUGGCGCAGAGAGAGAGGGAGAUGGAAUGAGAGAUCUGGAUUUCAUCAGAUAAUUCAGCUGAUAUUGUUUGAGCGAAUUCGUGCUGAUAACGUGUUAUAAAUUAAGAGGAAUUGGAGAGAAUUUAGAAUCAGAGGAAAACUUGGAUUGGUUCCUCUUCUGUAUUCAUAUUUCUGUGUUUCUCAAUUACAAUGAAGGGAUGAACCCUUUUGUAGGCAAAACCUAAGGAACAUGUGGGCUCCACACCUAAUUAUUUACAACACUCACUGAUUUGAGACAUUUUUAGAGAAAAAAAAACUUCAUAACGACGACGUUUCUUGUUAACCAUUACACUAAUGCACACCAUCAUAAACACCAGCACCUUGGCUGUCUGUGUCUGUCGUCAUUUAGUUAACAAAGCUGAAGGCUGAAACUGACUCUCCCUUUGGUCCCGUAAGGUCAGAGCGGGUGCAUUUAUAAAUUAGAAGAGGUAAUCCUAGUCAUUGGCCCUGUUGAAGAAUUAGAAUCUUGAGGCAUGGACUCUGAGAUGGUAGCGCAUGAAGGUGGGUGCCAUUGCAAGAAAGUAAGAUGGCGAGUGCAAGCGCCUACCGGAGUUGUGGCUUGGAGUUGCAACUGCUCGAAUUGCUCUAUGAGGGGCAACACUCAUUUUAUUGUCCCUGCUGACAGAUUUGAGCUUUUGGGUGAUUCUGAACAGUUUCUUACUACUUACAGCUUCGGUACUCAUACGGCGAAGCAUAAGUUUUGUAAGGUUUGUGGGAUAACUUCAUUUUAUUAUCCACGCUCCAACCCUGAUGGCGUUUCCAUCACAUUUACGUGUGUUGAUCCUGGAACACUAACCCAUAUUGAGGUUAAGUAUUAUGAUGGGAAAAAUUGGGAAACCUCACACAAUCAAACAGGAAUUGCUUCUCAGUCGAAGGGUUGAAGAAAUGAUUCAUGUUGGUGAUAUCAAAUUAGCAUUAGCAACAAAUAGAAACAACUUUUGUAGUGUGGAAGUUGAUGUUCGUCAUUGUGUUGCUUGCUCCUACCGCUUUUCCAAUCAUGUAUCUACUGCUUUUCCAAUCAUGUAUCUGGAACCAUGACUUGUGUGUAAUGCUUCCUUCUAGUUUUUGCUUUUUUGUUUUGUUUUUGUUCUUUGGCCAUUUGUAAAUAUUCCAUUUUUAGUGUAAGAAAAGGAAAACUUAGUAAAAACUCCCUACAACUCAGAAA